AUGGCGGGGGAUUGCGACUGCAAGUUUCUCCAUGCCAAUGGGACGUCGAGAGUCCUGUCCACCAGCCUCCGCAGGGAGCAGGGAGCCUGUGGGAGCUUCCAGAGCAGAAGCCGUCAGUGCCGUCGAAGCCUCCAGACGCCAUUCCCAGAUCCUGGUCAGCUCUUUCCAGCCUCUAGGAGAGCCAUGGAGGCCUUCUGUAUGCAGUAUGUGCAGUUUUUCUUUGUGCUAGGCACCUCCUCCUGGACCUUGGCCCAACCUCUGCACUGUGAGGUGGGCAGAACCUUGAGUUUGGAAGAGGACCCAGGCAAAACCUUUAACUGGACUUCAGAUAAAGUGGAGAGUUGUGUCAGUGGAACAUUUUGCCAGGAAACUUUGUUGUUGAUUAAAGCAGCUAGAACCAAGACAGCUGUUUUGGCCACUAAGAGCUGCGUCCCUGAAGGACCCGAAGCAAUGACCUUCGUCCAGUACACCUCACCCCCUGGCGUGAUUGCCAUCUCCUACAGCAACUACUGUAACAAUAUCCUUUGCAACAACAGAACAAGCAUCUCUCAGUUCUGGAGGCCGCUAGAGACCCCAGUUUCCAGUUUAUCAGCAACUCUCCGUUGCCCAACCUGUGUGGCUCUAGGAUCCUGUCCCAGUGCUCCCUCUCAGCCCUGUCCCAAUGGUACAGUUCAGUGCUAUCAAGGAAGAAUUGAGCUCACUGGAGGAGGCAUAGACUCAUCCGUGGAGGUCAAAGGCUGUACCACUACAACUGGCUGCAGGCUGAUGGCCAGAAUCUCCACAAUAGGACCCAUGUCAGUAAAGGAAUUCUGCACAUAUCAACCUUUCCUUCAGCCCCGAAAGGCAGAAAAUAAGGCUCCCUGGCUGCUCGCCUCACUUUGGAUGUUAGAGCUGCUGCCACUGUUGCUGCUGCCCCUCACCCACUUGCCCUGA